AUGGUUUCCUUUUAAUUCUUCUAUAACGUUUUAUUAUAAGAAUACUGUGAUUUUCCUGAAUGGUUUAUUAAGAGUUGGAAAUGCUCAUUAAUUUGAUGAAAUGUGGCCUAUGUGUUUUGGCUAUUAAAUAUUUAGCUUGUACAUGUACAUUUGUAAUAUUUAAGUUUUGCUGAUAGAAAGGUUAUUGUUUUAAAAUAUAAUUCAGCUGUUAGGGAAAUGAUUCUAUAUGUCUUCUAGAAAAGCUGGCAUCUUUGCUGCUUGAGUAACUUGAUACAACACCAUUCUGAGAAUAUAUACUAAAGAAUGGUUUAUAAAAACUUUAAAUAAAUCUGUGCCUUUAGACAUUGUUAGUUAACAUGUAGGAUAAUUACAUCAUCUUUGCUAUUUUGUGUAUCAAAAGACUUCUGAGAUGAUGCUUAAGAUUAAUUAUUUGCUUUUUUAACGAAGUAGUGAAGAAUAACUUUAUAGCUUUUUAGUUGUCAUUUUAUUUUAAAACGUCUCCCUUUUUGAUCAUAUCCUUAAAAAUUACGUGUAACACAAUACACUUAGACUUGGUUGAUGUAUACUGCAAGUGGCCCCAUUGCUUAUGUGGGUCUUUGGCUCACAUAAGCAAUGGGGGUAAUGCUUUUUAUUCCAGUUCUCUUUUCUAACUGCAUGGGUAGGGGAGGGGCAGGAAUACUACAUGCUAUGAGUGAAACACAGCUCAUGGCUCUUAGGAUCAAAGUGAAUUACAGCUAGUUUCUUGAUUUUCAUGAGAAAUAUGACCCUUGUGAAGUAGGCAAACAUGACCAGGGGAGAAAACAUUGACCUCCCUUGCAGUAGAAAAUGGUUUGUUACUUGAAGGAGCUAAUAUUCGGUGCACUCCCUCCCAUUUUCCCUGCAACUAGUUUAAAUUGCACUGCAACGGAAGUUGCCAUAUUUUAAAAGGCUAUUUACAUGUUGAUGGCAUAUAUGGUGGAAAGGAGGAAUAUGUCUGCUAGCCCUUCUCCUUGAUACCUGGAUGUUACCUGUGUUAUCUGCAAGCAAUGCUUACCAGUGAAUAGGGAUAUAGUAGCUGUUACACGCAUCCUGAAGAAGGCUUCAGUAAAAGUUCCAGCACCAUCCCCUCUCUUGGAAAGUGCUUUGCCUAGUGACAGAAGCUUGGCAGUGAUGUAAUUGCCCUACAAGUGGAUAUAAUGGUGUCAAAAAGCAAUUCAGAGAACACAUAGACAGAUGACACAGAAAUUAAUGCCUAAGCUGUGCUGGAACAAAAAUGCAAUGAAAGAAACACUGGAUGAAUGAAUGAAUAACCCUGCUUUGCAGUCCCUCAGCAUGGCAGGACUACAACUCAUGACCCCUGCUUCCUCCCCAAUGGGUCCUUUUUUUGGACUACCUUGGCAACAAGAAGCGAUUCAUGAUAACAUUUACACACCAAGAAAAUAUCAGGUUGAACUGCUUGAAGCAGCUCUGGAUCAUAAUACAAUAGUCUGUUUAAACACUGGCUCAGGGAAGACUUUUAUUGCAGUACUACUCAUUAAAGAACUGUCCUAUCAGAUCAGGGGAGAUUUCAACAAAAAUGGGAAAAGAACAGUAUUCUUGGUCAACUCUGCAAAUCAAGUUGCUCAACAAGUGUCAACUGUUAGGACUCAUUCAGAUCUCAAGGUUGGAGAGUAUUCAAGUUUAGAAAUAACUGAAGCAUGGACAAAAGAGAGAUGGCACCAAGAAUUUACUAAAUGCCAGGUGCUGGUUAUGACCUGUUGUGUUGCUUUGAAUGUUUUAAAAAAUGAACACUUAUCCCUGUCAAACAUUAAUCUUCUUAUUUUUGAUGAGUGCCAUCUUGCAAUCCAGGAUCACCCCUAUCGUGAAAUUAUGAAGCUUUGUGAAAGUUGUACAUCAUGCCCUCGUAUCUUGGGAUUAACGGCUUCUAUUUUAAACGGGAAAUGUGAUCCAGCAGAGUUAGAAGAGAAGAUUCAGAAACUGGAGAACAUUCUAAAGAGCAGUGCUGAAACAGCAACUGAUUUAGUGGUUUUGGACAGGUAUACUUCUCAGCCAUGUGAGAUCGUGGUGGAUUGUGGACCAUAUGCUGACAGAAGUGGGCUCUAUGAAAGAUUGUUAACAGAGCUGGAUGAUGCACUUAGUUUUCUGAAUGAUUGCAACAUAUCUGUACAUUGUAGAGAGAGAGAUUCUACCUUAAUUUCUAAACAGAUACUAUCAGACUGCCGAGCAGUGUUGCUUGUUCUGGGACCCUGGUGUGCAGAUAAAGUAGCCGGGAUGAUGGUGAGAGAGCUACAGAAGUACAUUAAACAUGAGCAAGAGGAGCUGCACAGGAAAUUUUUAUUGUUUACAGAUACUUUCCUAAGGAAAAUACAUGCACUCUGUGAAGAGCACUUCUCGCCUGCCUCACUUGACCUGAAAUUUGUAACCCCAAAAGUAAUAAAACUGCUUGAAAUCUUACGUAAAUAUAAGCCCUAUGAACGGCAACAAUUUGAAAGUGUUGAGUGGUAUAAUAAUAGGAACCAGGAUAACUAUGUGUCUUGGAGUGAUUCUGAAGAUGAGGAUGAGGAUGAAGAAAUAGAGGAGAAAGAGAAAACUGAGACUAAUUUUCCUUCUCCCUUUACUAAUAUUUUAUGUGGAAUUAUUUUUGUGGAAAGAAGAUACACAGCAGUUGUUCUAAACAGGUUGAUAAAAGAAGCUGGCAAACAAGAUCCAGAGCUGGCUUACAUCAGCAGCAAUUUUAUAACUGGACAUGGCAUUGGAAAGAAUCAGCCCCGUAGCAAACAGAUGGAAAUAGAAUUCCGAAAGCAGGAAGAGGUACUUAGAAAAUUUCGAGCACAUGAAACCAACUUGCUAAUUGCAACUAGUAUUGUAGAAGAGGGUGUUGACAUACCAAAAUGCAAUUUGGUGGUUCGUUUUGAUUUGCCCACAGAAUAUCGUUCCUACGUGCAGUCCAAAGGAAGAGCCAGGGCACCUAUCUCAAAUUACAUCAUGUUAGCAGAUUCAGACAAAAUUAAAUGUUUUGAAGAAGAUCUUAAAACCUACAAAGCAAUUGAGAAGAUCCUGAGGAACAAAUGCUCAAAGUCAGUAGAUACUGGUGAAACAGAAAAUGAGCCUAUUAUAGAUGAUGAUGAUAUUUUUCCACCAUAUGUGCUGAGACCAGAAGAUAGUGGUCCAAGAGUCACAAUAAACACUGCUAUUGGACACAUUAAUAGGUACUGUGCUAGGUUGCCUAGUGACCCAUUUACUCAUCUGGCUCCUAAGUGUAAAACUAGAGAACUCCCUGAUAACACCUUUUAUUCAACUCUUUAUCUGCCUAUCAAUUCUCCUCUUCGAGCAUCAAUAGUUGGUCCCCCAAUGAGUUGUACAAGAUUGGCAGAGAGAGUUGUUGCUCUUAUUUGCUGUGAAAAGUUGCAUAAAAUUGGUGAACUGGAUGAUCACUUGAUGCCUGUUGGAAAAGAGACAGUGAAAUAUGAGGAGGAACUUGAUUUGCAUGAUGAAGAAGAAACCAGUGUUCCAGGAAGGCCAGGCUCUACAAAGCGAAGGCAAUGCUACCCUAAAGCUAUUCCAGAAUGUUUGAGGGACAGUUAUCCCAAACCUGACCAACCCUGUUACCUUUAUGUAAUUGGAAUGGUAUUAACUACCCCUCUACCUGAUGAGCUCAACUUCAGGCGGCGAAAGCUAUAUCCUCCUGAAGAUACUGCAAGAUGUUUUGGAAUACUGACAGCCAAGCCUAUACCUCAGAUUCCUCACUUUCCUGUGUAUACCCGCUCAGGAGAGGUGACCAUAUCUAUUGAGCUAAAAAAAUCAGGUUUCACUUUGUCUUUACAAAUGCUUGAGCUGAUCACAAGACUACAUCAGUACAUAUUUUCUCACAUUCUUCGACUUGAGAAACCUGCACUAGAAUUUAGACCUACCGAUGCUGAUUCAGCCUAUUGUGUUCUACCUCUUAAUGUUGUUGAUGGUUCCAGCACUUUGGACAUUGAUUUUAAAUUUAUGGAAGAUAUUGAAAAAUCUGAAGCUCGUACAGGCAUUCCCAGUACACAGUAUACAAAGGAGACACCUUUUAUUUUCAAACUAGAAGAUUACCAGGAUGCAGUUAUCAUUCCAAGGUAUCGAAAUUUUGAUCAGCCUCAUCGAUUCUAUGUUGCUGAUGUCUACACAGAUCUUACUCCACUGAGCAAAUUUCCUUCCCCAGAAUAUGAAACCUUUGCCGAAUAUUAUAAAACCAAGUAUAACCUUGACCUGACCAAUCUCAACCAGCCAUUGCUGGAUGUGGACCACACAUCUUCAAGACUUAAUCUUUUGACUCCUCGUCAUUUGAAUCAGAAGGGUAAAGCUCUUCCAUUAAGCAGUGCUGAGAAGAGGAAAGCUAAGUGGGAGAGUCUACAGAACAAACAGAUCCUGGUUCCAGAACUCUGUGCUAUACAUCCUAUUCCAGCAUCACUGUGGAGAAAAGCAGUUUGUCUCCCUAGUAUUCUUUAUCGUCUUCACUGCCUUUUGACAGCCGAGGAACUCAGAUCUCAAACUGCCAUUGAUGCUGGUGUAGGAGUUAAGUCACUUCCUACAGAUUUCAGAUAUCCUAACCUGGACUUUGGGUGGAAAAAAUCUAUUGACAGCAAAUCCUUCAUCUCUGCACCUAGUUCUUCUCUAGCAGAGACUGAAAAUUAUUUUAAGCACAGCGCAAUUGUAGUCCCUGAAAAUGCUGCACAUCAAGGUGCUAAUAAAACCUCCUCUGCAGAUAAGCAUGACCAAAUGUCUGUGAACUACAGAACAUUGAUUGAGUCACCCAUUAAACUCCAAAAUGAUGUCUCAGUAGAACUGGCAACAGUUAAUGGUGUUUCUUAUUAUAAAAAUCUUGCCAACGGCAAUUGUGACUUAGCUAACCUAGACUUUUGCCAAGAAAAUCAGCUAAAUUACUGCAGGCAGGAAAUACCUGUACAACCAACUACCUCGUAUCCUAUUCAGAAUUUAUACAACAGUGAGAACCAGCUCAAGCCCAGCAAUGAAUGUACUCUGAGUAAUAAAUAUCUUGAUGGAAAUCCCAACAAAUCUACCUCAGAUGGAUGUCCCAAAAUGGCAGUAACCACCAGUGCUUCAAAUGCUUGUAUUCUUUCAAAUGAAAGAAUGGAUUCUAUAACAAGCCCUUCCAGUGGGUACUCCUCAAAAACCCUUGGCCCAAACCCUGGACUCAUUCUUCAGGCUUUGACUCUCUCGAAUGCUAGCGAUGGAUUUAAUUUGGAGCGGCUUGAAAUGCUUGGUGAUUCAUUUUUAAAGCAUGCCAUCACUACGUAUUUGUUUUGCACUUACCCUGAUGCUCAUGAGGGACGCCUUUCAUAUAUGAGAAGCAAAAAAGUCAGCAAUUGUAACUUGUAUCGUCUUGGAAAAAAGAAAGGGCUUCCUAGUCGUAUGGUGGUAUCUAUUUUUGAUCCACCUGUCAACUGGCUUCCUCCUGGUUACAUAGUAAACCAAGACAAGAGUAAUGCAGACAAAUGGGAAAAAGAUGAAAUGACAAAAGAGGGUUUGAUGUCUAAUGGAAAACUCGAUGACGAUUAUGAUGAUGAUGACGACGAUGACUUAAUGUGGCAAGUACCCAAGGAAGAAGCUGACUUUGAGGAUGACUUUUUGGAGUAUGAUCAGGAGCAUAUCAAGUUUAUUGACAACAUGUUAAUGGGCUCUGGAGCGUUUGUGAAGAAAAUCUCCCUUUCCCCAUUUCCACCUGCUGAUAACAAUUAUGAAUGGAAGGUGCCCAAAAAAUCAUCCUUGACUAAUGUCCAGUUUUCUUCAGAUUUUGAUGAUUUUGACUACAGCUCAUGGGAUGCAAUGUGCUAUCUAGAUCCUAGUAAGGCUGUUGAAGAAGAUGACUUUGUAGUGGGUUUCUGGAAUCCAUCAGAGGAAAAUUGUGGCAUUGAUGCUGGAAAGCAGUCCAUCUCCUAUGAUUUGCAUACAGAACAGUGCAUUGCUGACAAAAGUAUUGCAGACUGUGUGGAAGCCCUUCUUGGCUGCUAUCUGACCAGCUGUGGUGAGAGAGCGGCACAGCUUUUCCUCUGUUCACUGGGGCUGAAAGUGCUUCCAGUUAUUGAAGAACAUGACUGGGACAGUGCUCUGUAUUCCUACAGAGACCACUUAAAUAGCCAACAAAAACUCCCCUCAGCAAACUGUAUUUCAGCCUCUCUAAUCAGCAAAGAGUCUUCUCUGUAUAAAGACUUGGUAUAUGGCUGUUUGAAGAUUCCGCCAAGAUGCAUGUUUGAUCACCCAGAUGCUGAGAGAACCUUAAAUCACCUUAUAUCUGGCUUUGAAAACUUUGAAAAGAAAAUUAAUUAUAGUUUUAAAAACAAGGCUUAUCUACUUCAGGCAUUUACUCAUGCCUCCUAUCAUUACAACACCAUUACUGAUUGUUACCAGCGGUUGGAAUUCCUGGGAGAUGCAAUUUUGGACUACCUCAUAACCAAGCACCUUUACGAAGACCCACGGCAGCACUCUCCAGGAGUCCUAACAGACCUGCGAUCUGCUCUUGUUAAUAACACCAUCUUUGCUUCAUUGGCUGUAAAGUAUGACUACCACAAGUACUUCAAAGCUGUCUCUCCUGAGCUGUUUCAUGUUAUCGAUGAUUUUGUACAGUUUCAGAUGGAAAAAAAUGAAAUGCAAGGGAUGGAUUCUGAGCUCCGAAGAUCUGAAGAAGAUGAAGAAAAAGAAGAGGACAUAGAAGUACCAAAGGCGAUGGGGGAUAUAUUUGAAUCUCUUGCUGGUGCCAUUUACAUGGAUAGUGGAAUGUCUUUGGAAAUGGUUUGGCAAGUGUACUAUCCAAUGAUGAGGCCAUUAAUAGAAAAAUUUUCUGCAAAUGUGCCCCGUUCCCCAGUAAGAGAGCUGCUGGAGAUGGAGCCAGAAACAGCAAAAUUCAGUCCAGCAGAAAGAACCUAUGAUGGAAAGGUCAGAGUAACUGUGGAAGUUGUAGGGAAAGGAAAGUUCAAAGGUGUUGGAAGAAGCUAUCGGAUCGCCAAAUCUGCAGCAGCAAGAAGAGCUCUACGAAGCCUCAAAGCAAAUCAACCUCAGGUUCCAAAUAGCUGAGACACCUCUUAAAAAACAAACAUACAGUAAAGAGCAAUGUAAAAGAUGUUGUUGAGAGGAACAAAUUGAAGUCAUCAUUUAAAGUUUGGUAACAAAAUAGCUAACAACAUUUAACAUGUAUACAUAAUUUUGGAACUAAUUGUAGUUAUGGGGGGGUUGGUUUUUUGUUUUUGUUUUUUGUUUUUGUUUGUUUUUUAUGCGCAAACACAAUCUUGUCUUCUUUCCUCACUUCUGCUUUGUUUAAUCACAAGAGUGCUUUAAUGAAAACAUUUAGCAAGUGUUGAAAAUAAUUGUUGUCAGGUAUUUUUUGGUUUACUUUGUCAGUACAGCUUUGCUUAGUGUUUAAAGGCCAGGGAGCUUAUGCCUAUUACAGUUACUAGGAUUUACACACACACAAACAUCUUGAGAUUUCUCAAAUCUGUGCACUAGUGCCAGUCAUAAAGCAGUUCAUAAACUGUACUGGAUGAUUUGGUGUAAGGAUAAGCGUGCCAGUAUUGUCCUCGUUCUUUCCAUGCCUUCUUUGCAUUAAGAUGGCAUUCCCAGUCAUUAUUGCACUUAUUAGUUUGGGACAGGUUUUUAAUUGAAAUGUUUGGCAUCUGAUAGAAUUUUAAAUUGAUGCCACAUUGCAUUAAAAGGUUCUUGCCUUAAAAGUACAUAAGCCCUCACUAACACCAUUUUUUGUUUCUGGUAUCUUUGGAGCAAACUGUAUUACAUUCCCUUCACUUUUAAAAUGCAUUUUUCAGCGGUAAAGCUCCAUAUUUACAGUACAUGUUAGUUUAGCUGUGACUUAACUUAUUACACAACUGUAAUAGCAAUUGUAUUCAUAUAUAUGUAAUGAGGUUAUUUUUAACAAUUCAGAGGAAAUGGUUAGUACAGAGUUUAUUUAAUAUUGAAAACAAAUUUUAUUGCUUAUUUCCAAUAUUACAAAAAACAAGAGUUUAGACUGAGCACAAUCCAUCACUCCUGUAGAACCCUCUUUCACCUCAAGGGGCUUGUGCGGGAGAUUAUCUUGGUGGAGUGGAGACUCAGUUUCCAGUAUUGGAACUUUGUAAUAAUAACUAAUUGCACAGUGCAAACUGUUGCUUAAGAAAAAGAACCUUUGACAUAUCGCACCUAAAAUAUGCUGCAGAUUUUAUAUUGGAUACAUAUUUAACAAAUAGAGCACCUUUACACCUUUAAGAGCAAUUUCCACAUAAAUUUCUUACUGUACUUUUCAGAAUUGCAUGCAUAUUUCACCUACCAAAGCUGUGCUGUUAAAAUGCCAUGGAAGUUGUUGUGUGAGAGAAACUGCCAUACUUUUGAUACAUCUGUGAUUUAGGUCCUUUAACAUAGAUUAACUAGCUCAUUGUUGCUGUUUCGGUUGAUAUGAAAGCAUACAUUUUAGGCUAUGCCUAAAUUUCUUUAGGUAUUUGUAGGCACCCUUCACUUAAAUACCUCAGUUCUUCUUUGUUCUUUCAUGUCUUUUUUUUCCUUUUUGCAUGCAUUAUUUUUGUUUGUUCUGUUUUGUUUUGGUGCUAUGUGUAUGUAUUAUGCUUGAAAUUUUAAUUUUUGCACUGUAACUAUAAUACCUCUUAAUUUACCUUUUUAAAAAGCUGUGGGUCAUCUUGCACUCCCACCAAUAUCAGUAGAGGUUUGCUGCAAUUUUACCCUGUUAAUUAUGCUUGAAGUUUGAGAGAGCUGAGCAAGGUUUUUUAAUGUGUUCCAGCACAGUGGUCUGCUCUUGAUGCUGUUUUAUGUGUUAAAUUACAGAUAAUACUGUUCUCUGCUUUUAAAGACCCCUUUCCCCACACAUACACAUGCAUUCAAAAAUUUAAAGGGGAAAAACAUCUGGCUUACCUUUCUGAAAGAGAAGAAACAUACCUCACUGGCAGGAGACAUUAAAAUUUUCUGAACUACAGAAGUGUAUUUUGAGUAACAGAUUUCUUUGUUAAAUUUCUAAUAAGGACAGUAAAGUGAAAUAUUGGAGUGAGACUUCUGUUACAGUGAGAAAGUAAAAUAUGGAAGGCAUAAAGGACAUGAUUCCUUUUGCAAGUUUGAAUUGAACAUGUAGCUUGAAGUUUCUUUGUUUCCAUUACAGCCCACUCACACUGAUUAAGAGGCAAACCAUUUUUUCAGCUUUAAAAAUGGCCAUUCUCUUCAGCUUCAGGGUGAGCAGCAGCCAUUCAGACUUCUAAGAAGACUCUUGCUACUUGCAUAAUACUCCCCACAACAUGCAUAUAGCUUUGGAUUGCAGACACUUGUUAGAAUGCUUAAGAAAGAUUACGGUCCUCAAGCCACUGAUACUUGAGUUGCUUUUAAAGUAAACUUUGCCCAGGGUUCAGUAGAACUUCUCAGUGGUAAGUGGACUGAGGGUUGCCAUCCUUCCAUCUUCAUGCAAGAAUAUGGAUAUAAAAGUAGUUUAUGAACAAACACCAUUAAAUCCACAAUUGUAGACCAGAGUAAGAAUUUUGUAAUUCUAGCAAAUAAUUGUUACUAAUGUUGAUAGUUUUCUCUGGUGAUGCAUAGUUCAGUCUUUAAAACCUCACAAAGGAGAUGUAUGAUCCCAAUGAAAUAUCUAAGGUUUGUGGUGGUUGAAAUGCCAUAUAUAAAAUCUAAACCAAUCUUGUAAUUCUGAAAAACAUUCAGUGAAUACUUCAAAUACUUGGAUAAUUUCAGAGGUUAGAGUGUAGCCUAAUUGCAGUGGAAAACUUUGAUCAUUACGCUCCCUGAUCAGAAGUAUCAAUGCCUCUAUGAUGCAUCAAGCUGAUGAACUGAAAAUAUUGAGUAGGGGCCAAUUGUAAAUGUAGGUCCUGCUGCUGUUUGUGUGUUUUAUUGCCACGACCUUUUUGCUGUAUGAUUUAAUUCAGUUUUUUCAUUAAGCUGUUAAGAUGCAAAACCACAUUAGUUUUCAUGUUCUACAAGUGCUUUACCCAUUUUGAUAUAAUUGGGGUAUUGGAAAAAGUAUGCUAUUUAGACCUAAAUCUGAUCAUUUGAAGGUUGGGAUUGAAAUCCCUUGAUAUGCUACAAGCAUGAUAGGAAAUGGACUGUUCCAAGCCUGUCUUCAAAAUAAACAACAUGGACUCCUCAUGUAGACAGCAGAGGGGUUAAUUGGCAUGAGCCUAGUUUCAGUUUUGUUUGUGUGUAUACUGUUAUACAGUCCUCCUAACUAUGCUGCAUUUUUAUUUUUAUGAUGGCUUUGUUUUGUGCUGUUCUGUUCAUGUAGCACAAAUAAGCAUUGCACUUGGUACCAUGCUUUACCUCAUUUCAAGGAGAAAUAUGCUUAAUAGAGGAAAAAUGUGGUUUGGGCCUUGCUGCUGCUUUGAUUUGCUGAAUUUGAAAAAGAUCGUUAGAAUGCCUGCAUUGUGUCAAUUAACUUGCACAACUAAAAAAAGGCCAUUUGUUUUGUCUGUGGCAUGUUACUAUAUGUUUGUUGUUUUAAAACUGUUGGCCAGGAUCCAGGGAGCCCCUUGUAUGACCAGAAGGUGCUUCCACAAAUAUGAGUUUGUGGGGUCCUUCAAUUUCCAGCUAAGUCUUCCCUCUGCUGCAGCUGCCCAUACCACAUCCCAUACCUUCCUAGAGGGUCCCCCAAUCCACAGGAGCAUCUUUUCAGCGGAUGCAAGGGGCUGCGAGAAGCACGACUUGAGAGGACUCUGUUUUGCGAGUAGAACUCUGCUCAGUGGUUUUCUGGAUCCCACACAUUUUCUUUUUUCUUCAUUAUGCCUUAUUUUCAUUUUUUAUGGAACGGUUUAAAUUUCAGAUUGACCUCUGCAUGCCUUCCCUCCCCUCCCCUCCCCUCCCCUGCUGUAAAUUUACUGAACAUGCAUACAUAAUGGUCAAUUAAAUUUCUACAUUUUUUACAUGAAGGGAUCUGUGGGUAUCAUCCGGUUGAGUGUUGAGGACAUAAUUUUUAGCAACAGCUCUUGUCAGUUUAAAUAUAGGCCCUGCUCAGGGCUGAACAGUCCUAUAAAAUGUAAGAACACAUCUGGAGGUAGCAUAAACUGAUAGCCCCCAAAUCAAGGCUUUUUCAGAUUUUAAGAUAGUUAUUUGACCAUAUUUGAGCCAUAUGCUGUUCUCCCGCAUUCCUCAAUGAAUGUCCUGGAAUUGGUUGUGUGUGACUAAUGAAAACAGGAUUGCACCUAGGAUACUUUUAGGCUCUUGGUAGCAAAUACUUUCAUUUUCAAGUAAGGAAUGGUGUGUUUAUUUAUAAAAUUGUCUUUAAAUCCAUAACAUUUACAACCAUGAAAUCUAACUGAAACCUAAUUUUCACCAGCAGAAGUCUGAUAACAGAUCUCUAUUAGGGAUCAGUCUAGAAUACAGAACAGUUAAUUGCAGCUUCUUUCAAGAGUACUCAGCAUUCAUCAAUCAAUUUUGUCUCCAUAAUCCUUUUCUAGAUUCCCCACUACUUUGUAUCUUUAAUUUGGAUAAAAACCACAGACUGUUUAAAUUACUAUGAUAGAUGCACUCAGUUUACUACAGCAACAAGUUAUCUAGAAAAACAAGUUGAACAAGCGUUGAAAAUUGCAGGCUUUUAUUGUAAAUAGUUUGACUUUAAAGAUGGUUAAAAUCAAGUAGAAUGAAUAACAUAAUUUGAUGGACAAUAAAAUAUUUCCCAUCACAUGCUGCAGCUGUCUAAGGGACAUAAAAUGUAAUUCAUUCAUACUGUAAUCAUGCUGCAGAAAUUGCAGUCUGCACCUUAUGGAUCACAAUUACCUUUAAUAGAUUUUUUGUAAUAAUUGUAGCUGAAUAUAUCUCCAAUAAAGUUAUGGUCUGUUCA